CGGAAGUGUCCUCGCGUGUCGGGUUGAGCGUGAUGGCGGCACCGCUGCGCGGACGGCUGCGGGCGCUGGUGCUGGGAGGCUGCGGGCUGCUCCUGGGAUCGGCGCUGGCGGCAGGCGACGAGCGGCUGUACGCGGCGGUGAUGCCCGCGCUCCGGGCGCUGCCUCCCGAGGCCGCCCAUGGCCUGGCUCUACGCGCCGCCGCCCUCGGGCUGCUGCCCUCCACCCGUCCGGACAGCCCCGCGCUGGAGGUGCGAGUCUUCGGGCAGCGAUUCCGCAACCCACUGGGCCUGGCGGCUGGCUUCGACAAGCAGUGUGAGGCUGUGGACGGGCUGUACAAGAUGGGCUUUGGCUUUGUGGAAGUGGGGACUGUCACGCCCAGGCCCCAGGAAGGGAACCCGAAGCCCAGGGUCUUCCGGCUGGCAGAGGAUGAGGCGGUCAUCAACAGGUAUGGAUUCAACAGCCAUGGCCACGUCGUGGUGGAGCGCAGGCUGCGAGCCCGCCAGGAGACACAGAUCAGGCUCACUGCUGCUGGGAUGCCUCUUGGAGUCAACCUGGGCAAGAACAAGAGCUCUACUGAUGCUGCAGCUGACUAUGUGGCUGGGGUCCGGACACUGGGCCCUUUGGCUGACUACCUUGUUGUGAACGUGUCCAGCCCGAACACCCCAGGGCUGCGGGACCUGCAGGGCAAGGCUGAGCUGCGGGACCUGCUGAGCAAGGUGCUGGUGGAGAGGGACCUGCUGCCCUGCAAGCAGAAGCCAGCCCUGCUGGUGAAGAUUGCCCCUGACCUCACUGCACAGGACAAGCAGGACAUCGCCAGCGUUGUCUGUGAGCUCGGUGUGGAUGGGCUGAUAGUGAGCAACACCACAGUGAGCCGGCCCAGCAGCCUCCGGAGCCGGCAGGGCACGGAGCCCGGCGGCCUCAGCGGGAAGCCCCUGCGGGAGCUCUCCACGCAGACCAUCAGGGACAUGUACGCUCUCACUCAAGGCCGGGUGCCCAUCAUUGGCGUGGGGGGGGUGAGCAGCGGGCAGGAUGCCCUGGAGAAGAUCCGUGCCGGGGCCUCGCUCGUGCAGCUGUACACAGCGCUCGUGUUCCACGGGCCACCAGUGGUGGCGACAGUCAAGCGCGAACUGGAGGAGCUGCUCAGGGAGCAGGGCUUCAAGAACAUCAUGGAGGCAGUUGGAGCAGAUCACCGCUGCUGACAGGCUGCAGAAUGAAGGUCUAGCUGGGAGGAGCCAUGGCAGACAGGGAUGGGUGUGACAAUUCCAGUGCUGGGCAGACUGGGACUGAGAUGAGGUCCUGGUUCCAGGACCUUCAUGACACUGCUACUUUUUCAGGGCCGUGUUUUGGCUUCCCUGUGGACAGCAGAACUGAGUGUCAAUAAAUAUUUGGCUCACCUGGUCCUCUGUGCUGCUCUUGGGACACCCCAUGGGCUGGAGGGAUGCAGCUUAGCUCUCCUCAGCUGAGCAGAAUCAGGUCUCCAUGUUGCUCUCACUUUUCCUGGUGGGAGAAGCCACCAGGGUAGCUGAGCUCUGGGCUGGACUGACAAGUGCAUCCGGCCUUCCCUGGCAGAGACUGCUGCCUGAGGCCAGGCCCUGGGGUGGGAGGGAAGGCAGUGAUGAUGCUGGGUGCCAGGACACAGCUGUUUUGGAGAUGGCUGCAGUCGUGUCCUGUUAGCUGUGGAAAGGGCCUGAUUAAAGGUGCUGCUGUUUGUUGGUUUUGUCUCUGGGAUCACUGGUGCUGACUUUUCCUUCACCUCGAGCUCACUGCAGUUAUCUCGGGCUUUUCCUGAGCAACAGCUCGCCCUGCACAAAGCAUUCCCUCAGCAGCCUCUCACAAUCCAUCCUGCAGAGCAAGAUUGCACAACAGCACUUCACCAAAACUGUUUACGGCUGCUGGGAAGCUCGGCACACUGGCUUCCUGUCAGGGCUUGGCAGCUUCCCGGGAGCCUGGUGCUAAGCAAGGUGGGGCUGUUUGUGCUCUUCCUGCUGGGAACUAUGCUGGCACCAGGGGCAGGCGAUCUGGAGCCCACGCGCUGCGCCACGGCGAACGAGGUGGUGAGAAAUGGGGCGAGGAGGCAGCCCCAAGCAGGAAUGACCUGCAGGAGGAGACUGUUAUGAGUUGUCCCCGCCGCUGUCCCGUCCCGCUGUCCGUCCUGCUGUCCCCGCUGUC